CGACAACAUUAUCUAUUGAUUAAAGAUCGAAUGAUUACCGGCCUUCUAAAUUUACAUUCAAAUUUUAAAAUCGGUGAAUCUUAACAUUUGCUUGACUACUGGAUUUAAAUGCAAGCUGUUUUAAGGGAGCCAACUACCGAAUACUUUAAAAGGGUGAACUUAACUCCGAACUGCUGGCGUCCUAUGGAGCCCGACGCUGCCAACUAACCCCUUACCCAUCGUCAGACAAUAUAGCACAACGCCACCUUGCCCCCGAUUCCAGAGUCCGAUAGUAGAGCCCGACGUCACACAAUCCCCGUUCCCGGUGUCCGACAAUGAGCUGUAACUACUACAAGAAGGUGCCGACAAAACCACCGCCGACGUCUUUCGGUUUCAAGCAGGUAAACGCUCGGGAGCUCCAGGACAUACUGAAAAGGGUGACCACACCCACGUACAGCAACAAACUCCACAGCGAGGAGCAGAGGCAGGUGAACAACUAUGACCGUCUGCUUUCGGAGGGCGGACGCCGGAGCGUAGCGUCUGCAUGUGGACGUCGGGUGGCGUCUGCAUGUGGACCUAGGGUGGCGUCACGUAUUUCGUCGGCAACUUCUGGUGGCGACAGUAUCGAGGGACGGGGGAGGCGUUUCACAGAGAAAGAGAUGGCGAGGCUUGUUCGAAGGUUACAGCGCCCAACAACCGCGACCAGCUAUCACAACCGUAGUUACUAUGACGAGGAUGCACAGCAACUGAAGGAAGGAAGAAUAGUCCGCGCGCGGUCGGCGGACAUUCACAGUACAGCGGCCAAAUCCUUGGUCAAGCUUCGCAGACCUACCACAGCUACUUUGGCCAAAACUCUCAACACGUGUCACCUGUGUUAUGAGCACGAGAAUAAAACAAAACCAGAAGAACUGGAUGCAUUUGACUACGAAUACUCCGCGGACAAAGUAGUUCCGGAAGAGGAAGUGAAUUUUAUCGUUGGCCGCGUUUCUGUACCGACUCAUGCGAGUAGCAAAGGAGAAAAAUGUCAACGCCUGCCGGAGUACAUUGACGAAGUAAAAAUCCGUGAGAACCUACCAUUGUUGAGUGGAUUAAGGCGGAGCAAAAACGUUCAGGAAAUCACAGAAAGACUCUUUCCUAGACGUAAAUGCCACGGUUUUACGGCACAGGAAACUACAAUAACAACAUAUUGAUGAAAGUGUAGCUUAGGGUUAGUUUUUUUUAUUAACUUUUAUGACACUGCCCAAUGGUUGUUAACUUAGAUUACCGUUUAUUGUCUACAUGUUUCGAUUUCAUUGUAGUAAUAUUUUAGCGGGGUUAAUAACCAUGGCAGCCGCAGGUAGAGCGUUCAGCAAGAACAUUAAGGAUUGAUAAUUCAUUGUUACUGGAAUAAAUUUCGCGAAAGGUCUAAUGCGUUACAUGUUUUAAUGGCUGGUUUCAUUACGCCAUUUUUUUAUCUUAUCUUGUUACUAAAUGAAAACUAGUAUAUCGCGGUUAUGGUACAGUUAAUUUCUUUUAUAAAGCCCAUCAAUUCUUAAAAAGGUAAAUGAAUACAAAUAAUGUGCUUAGCUUAUCCUGUUAUAAGGGGAUUCAGAUGUAUCGAGAAAUCUUGGUCUGAGCUGUUACCAGUGACUGGCAAUAUUUCGUUUAGUAUAGGUGUUCCUUAUUCUACGUAUCCGAAACAUUCACACAUCUUUCGAAUCUUUCGUUUGCUUCUUUUCAGUAGCCUGAACGCGUAUGAAUGCUAGGUAAUAUUAGAUUGAUUUUAAAUGGAACACUCGCCAUUCUUCUUGUUUAUAUUCUUGUAAAUAGUAACAUUAUUUCCAAGAACAGAACGGUUUGCAAUAAGGCUUACCUAGAACUAGCAUUCAAAUAACGUGUUCCCGUACAGUCGAACCCCGUUGGCUCGAAUUCCUAAGGACCGGUGAAAAAACCUCGACCCACGGGAUAUUCGAGCCAACCGGGAAUGCUUAACUUUAGUAUAAAAAAUCAAUCCUUUAAAUCCAGUUCGAGCUAAGCGAUUUCGAGCCAAAGGCGUUCGACUAUAUUGAUAAGCUUUUACAAUGUUUCGAUUUUCGCAUACAAGCAUUUCUGUUGUUUGAAAAUUGUAUAUCUCAGGCUACUUUACAGCCGUUUUGUAUAUCAUUUCAUCAUUUACGUUAAGUGUUAAAUAUAUUGAUGUAUGUCAGAUUGAUGAUGGACAUGUCAACUGACAAAACCUAGUACAUGAAUACAGAGUUAUUUUACACUCAUAGAUAGCGUGUGCCAACAUACAUGCAGAAGAUAGUCAGUUAUUGUUCUGUAGUAUUUUAUCAUUUGUGUUUCAUUCUAUGUUGUAGUUCGUUGAAUUGCGCUUGUUUAGUCUUUAAAUAAACGUUCUGUUAAACUC